UUAUACAAUAUCCAUCUUCUAUGCUUUCAUGAGUCGUCGAGUUAAUGCCCUAGAAGUUGAAAUGCUAUAAGAAGUUGGUUAAUGCUUCUCGGAUAAACAUUAUAAUCCAUGGUCCUCGUAGAUUAUUUGAUUAUUUGAUUAGCACAGUAUUUGUAAUCUCACUUCUACAGAUAAGUUUCUCGUACUUUGCCCUCCCUAAUUAGCCUGGCAACUCCUGUACUCUUGAGAAAUGCCCAUAUGCGUUUUGGUGGCACUCUUUCAUGUUCGUUUUUGUAAUCUCUCUCUGUAACUUAUAACAUUUUGAAGUUAUUUCUUCCAUUUUCUUGCAGAAAAAUGGUGCAAAUCGUUGGGAUCCGCGAAAGUUUCCAUUAAAGUAGGAGCUUGUGACUGCAAAAAUGUGGAAUGCCCUUCUAUUGAACCAGAGACUUCGCAGAAGAAACAGCUUCAAAAGUGCCACCAAAUUUAGAGUUUUCUCUGUAAAACCUGCAAAAUCCGGUGAUAAUGGCGUCGUCAAUAGAUUGGAAGACCUCCUGAAACCGGAUCUCACUCCCAUCACUGAUAAGAUCAUUGCAGAGUACAUAUGGUUCGAACGGGGUUACCUCAAGUGUGUGAGACUAGCGUGAUAACGAACUAGACCACCGAAAUGUCAAUGCCCUGUGUGUAAAAACGGCCGGAAUCUAGAAGUAAGUGAUGCAUGUUUGUGUUGCAAGUUUCUUGGUGAAGGAGUUUGCAACUUUACAUGAUUGGAAUCUAGAAGUAAGUGAUAUGUUUGUGUUGCAAGUUUCUUGGUGAAGGAGUGUGCAACUUUACAUAAGCUGAAAAGAGGAAGAAUGGAAAAUAACAUCAACUACUUGGGGACCUACCACUUCUUUUAGGUAAAAAGAAGGAAGGAAGGAAUGGAUCCCAAGCCUAAAUCACCCCACUUACACAAAAGUAAAGUUUAGAAUACAUUGGAUUGAUUGCUCACAAUAAUACUCUUCUACUAUGUAGGUAAAAUUCCCAAGCAACCUCAUAUCCCAAGACAAGAAUCACAUAACAAUGUAACAUAAAACCCCUCCAUUCCCCUUUGUAAUAUCCAACCACUCAAAAGUCUAUCCCUUAACCUCUCACUUGUUUUUAGAAAUGGAUAGGGAGGAAACCACCAAGAAGCCUAAGUGCAUUUGCCAUAGACUUUACACAUUUCUCACCAAAAACUUGGCCUUCCAAUCCCUCAAAGGGCUAACUUUUGGGGUUAGGGGUCCUGGUCAAGUGACUCUCAACCCCACCAACAAGAAUCACCACCCUGGUUCAACCAAGUGCUCAUUGGAUAAAGCCACUGAGCCCACAAAUGGGUUCCAUGGAAAAGACAUUCACAUCCAAGAGAAUGAGGUGAGUCCCUUGAAAACCCAAGUUGGACCCAAAGAUGGGUCUCAAGGGGAGAAGAGGAAUGCGGGUGAAGGUGAUAUGGCAAUAGACAAGCCCUCAGACAAAGAUGAAGUUGUUAUUUAUACCCAACUCCCUAGUAAGGGUGAGUCCAAUAUGGCUCAAGAGCAAGAGAAGUUGGUUUCAAAGAUGAGAGAGAAGAAGCCUGCGUUAGUUCAAGAGAGAGGUUUGGAGAAGGUUAGUGCUCCUCAAGACCAGCUAAUAGAGAAAGGAGGUGGACAAAAAGCCCUUAUGCCUACCCCAAGUCAAGAAAACACUCAGCCUAUGGCACAAGACAAAGGUUCCAUGGUGCCUGGAGGCCAUGAGAGCCUACUUGUAGAGGGAAGAGAGAGAAAGGAGAGUAUCACCAAUGGUGAAAAACAAGAUAAAGGAAUGGAGAAGGUCUUAACUCCUCAGAUCCAGUCUCAAGAGAAAGAAAAAGGAAGAGCUGCCACCAUAGCAACCCAAAAGCAAGGGGGAGAUGUGAAGAAGGGAGGUGAGAGAGAGAUGGAGGUGGUAGAGAGAGGAAAGAAUAUAGGAGAGGGGAGGCCUGCACCAUUACAAGGGAAAGAUGAGGCUCCAAAGGGUCCUAAGAGAGAGAGGAGUAUCUCAAGGGUGAUCUCAAAUAUAGACGCGAAAUCCGAUGCCUUCAUCAAGCGAAGGAAAUCUACAGCAAGGACAAGAUCCGAGAUCCGAGAUGUAGCUCAAAUGCCUCCCCCGAUCAAACCACAAAGUCUUGAAUGAGCACGCUGUCUAUGAUGAUUCAAAAGCACACAAAAGCCUGUUUAGUUGUAGUUCCAUGUGUUUCAUAAAUAAAUCAUGCCUAAUCAUGUUUAGGUUCACUUGUUUCC